UUUUCUUUUAUUUUUAAAAUGACAAAAGUAAAAUAGUAGAGUGACACAUAAAUCAAUGUAUAAAGUUGUGAGAGAAGAUAAAUUAAAAUGUUAAUCUCUAAGAUUAACCUGGGCUUCCUCGGGGAUAUGAACCUUGAAGCCUAGUUCCAGCGAGUUAUGGGCUUCUUGAUCAAAUAAAAAAAAAAAAAACGGACAUAGUAACUAGUAACAAACUCUUUGUUCAAGUUUACAUCUUAUUACACGGCCUGGCUCCAUCUCUUCCUCUCUCCUCUAUUGAAGCCCUCUCUGAAUUCUCUAUUGAAGCAGCUAAUAAGUGACAGGUUUGAAGUCAUAAUUCUUUUUUUCCUCCAACAUUGUUAGUGCUGAAAAUCUAAGUAAUUGAAAGAACAAAAAUCAAAUGUCUUUCACUAAGCUCGGAAAAUCCUUACCCUUUUCUGGGAUUUUGAGGAAGCUGGAGCAAGAUGUGGAAACUGUAAUAAGGGUACUGCAGCCUGGGCCAGUAGGAAUUGUGGAGCAUAAAUUUACAGAUAAAGAAAUACAUGAUGCAAAUGCUAUGGUUAAAAAUGCAGUGAAGAAUUGGCAAAGGAGAGCAUUAUUGGAGAAAAGUGGUGUUCUGAAAGAUUACGUGGAGUUUUGAUAGGAAUUUAUACAUAGUUUAAAGUCUUGGAAUGUUUUUAAAUUGUCAAUUCUGAAAAAGUCUGUAGUAUUUUGUUAGGGUUUUACAUGAAGGAUCGUCAUUUAUUGAUAUUAAGAUCUUGCAAUGAGAUUUGCUGAUCCUUGACAGUGUGUAAUUCUGAAUUGAAAUAAAUUGAACUUCCCCAUUCUGGCGUUACUGAGAUGAGCAUUUUGUUCGUACUAUAUAUAAGUUCUUCAGUUUUGAGCGGAGAAAACAAUUAGGAACAUGCAAACUGAUGUCAACAUAUUGGUGCCAAGAUAGCUGGCUGAUCAAGUUUUACAGCUGCUGUGGGCUUGUAGCAUUUUAUGCUAGUAAGAGGUCAAUAUCUUCCCAGCAGAGUGUGAUGCCUGGAGUUCAGCAGAGCUGAUAUCCUUCAUCGAUAAAAGUCAAUAUAUACUGGUAUGUUUAAGUUUCAAGUUAGCGGGAAUGCAAUCUGCUAAUCGAUACAGUAGUCAUGUCAUGUGACCAAUAAUUUUGGGAUGGAGUACAACUAUUUUGAAGAUGUUAUCUUUAUUUCAGACAUCUUACAAUAGUUUUUGUGACUAUUCAUACGAAAGAGAGACUAAUUAGAGCAUAUAAGCUGGCAAUAUGCAUUGUCAUUUAUUCUUCCCUGACAUCUGUAACAAGUACAAUUAUAGUACUAGACAGAUGGUUACCAGUUACUUUUUUGAAGGAUAAGGCAGUGGGGAGGGGGAGAUAUUAAGUAAUAAACAUAUGCUUAUUGUAUUGGUAAAUGGUAAUAGAUUCACUAUAUAAUGCUGUUAUAAGUAGGUAACUAUAGUUUGAUUUUUAAAAUUAAAGUAGUUCUGCUGCUUUUUCCCUGCCAUUUACCUGGGUAGGUCGGAUUGCUGUGUCAUAAUAUGCUAAUGUUAGUUAACUUCUGAACAAGUGAUCCUUUUCCAUAGAAAUUAGAAUCUACCGCUUAAUGUGCAAUUGGUAGAAUUUUCAUAUUUGCUGAUUUGUUAUACUUCUCUGGUUGUUUCAUAUUUUAAUUUAUUUUGAUUUAUUAAACUAUUUUAGACGAAAUAAGUUUAGGUAUGUCAAUAUAACCCCAUAGACAAAAUAAGUUCAAACAAGUAAUAUAAGGUCCAAUAAUUUUAGAUAAGUUUAAAUAAACUCAAAUAAGUUCAAAUAAGAUGAAAAGCUCAAUUAAGGGAAAAUAAGCUAAGAAAAGUUUAAACAAAACUAGCUUAGAUAAAUUUCAGAUAAAUCUCUCAGAAAUUAGACAAUUUUGAAUCAGGAAAGUUUUUUUUUUUUUUUUUUUUCCUUUGUUAUACACUAGACACAAUUAGGUUAAAAUAAAAUCAGAUAAUUUUAGGAAAAAGAAAAUGCAUAUAAUAAGUUGAACGAAACAAAGUCUUCGUCACCGUUAAUCUACAACUCAUCAAGCGUUGAGUGGCUUUGAAUGUUGUAGCCAAUUUUAAUAGAAAUUGAAAUUCGAGUGUUCGCUAUUCGGAUAGAUUCAAUCUAUUCCAAACCAAAAUUUUUUGAUGUCAAAUGUAGUGCUUUUCAUUUACACUUCAUCACGGAGGUACUAGAGAGGGUUUAAUUAUGUGAAGUCUAGAAAAUCUUUUGAUUUGUUUAUGCUAGGAAUGUCGGGAGAAAUGGGAUGGAUCGGAUUGAAUUACUUUGUCAAAAAAUUGGAAUUCAGAUUGGAACGGAUUGACAGAGUUAAUGGUUUUGGGGGAUCUUUUUUUU